GGGAGGAAAACUUCCUACGCAUCUGGUAACGCGAGCAGUUCCGGCUUCUCACGUUUCCCAGUUUUUGGGACAGCUUGACUAUAUUCCGUCGACGGCGGAUAUGUUGGGUAAAACAAGAGAAGACUUCAUGACGGAGGACAAUGAUCAGAAGGAUGAGAUCUAGGAACGAUGGAAGUUCCGUUCUGGAGCCUUGGAAUCUUCGGACCAAAGCCGUACUUCUUCUGUUCUUGUCUGGGUGGGCUUACGCACAUCAAGAUAAACACUUGCUAGCAUUAUUUAACGAAGGACUUUACUGCUAUGACCAAACUCUGCGGGCUGGUUAUAUGUGGGUGAAGUGAGUCCGAUCGAUUCGGGAAGAGGCCGACUGUCUCUUGGCCUGUUCUAGCUCAGCAACAACAAAGUCUAUCAACCUAGUCAGGCUGGGGCACAGUGGUUUGCGAGUCAGGGAACGCUGGAUGGCUGG